AUGGAACACGGACUGCCCACUGAUGCAGCAACUUAUGUCCUUUCUUUUGGGCGAGGUAGACCACAUCCCCCGCUGCUACCGAAUCGCGAGGACUAUGUUGUCGACUUUGACGGACCAGAUGACCCAGCCUUUCCUCAGAACUGGCCGAUGCGCAUAAGGCUCUACAUCAGUGUUAUCCUUGCAUUCACCUGCAUCAGCUCGACCUUUGACUCCGCCGUUUUUAGCCCGUCUAUGAGCGCGGUGGCCAAGGAAUUCGAUGUCAGUGUCGUCGAAGUGGCGGCUUUAGCGAGCUCAGUCUACAUUGCGGGUUAUGCGUUUGGCCCUCUAAUUUGGGCUCCUCUGUCUGAGCGCCACGGCCGCCGACUCCCUAUCAUCGUGGCUAUGCUGGGCUUCGGUAUCUUUAAUACGGCUGUUGCUGUGUCCAAAGACCUUCAGACUUUGAUAAUUUGUCGCUUCUUCUGUGGUGUAUUUGGUAGCAGCCCGCUCAUCAAUGUUGCGGCUAUCUUCGCUGACAUGUAUGACAAUCGGACACGUGGGAUCGCUAUUGCCCUAUUUGCUAAUACUGUCUUCCUGGGCCCUCUGGUUGCAUCCUGUGUUGGCGGGUUCAUUAACAAGUCAUAUCUUGGCUGGAGAUGGACUGCUUAUAUACCCUCAUUCAUGGGAUACACAACGUGUUUGCUCAAUCUGCUCUUCCUCAGGGAAACUUAUGCGCCGGCAAUUCUAACUUCAAAGGCAACCAGAAUGCGUCAAAUCACUGGAAAUUGGGGUAUCCAUUCCAGACAGGAGCAGAUCGAACUUAACCUACAUGAUCUGGUCAUUAACAAUCUGGGCCGGCCCCUGCAAAUGCUUUUCAAAGAGCCGCUGAUUAUGGCUGUCACAGUCUACCUCAGCUUUGUUUAUGGCUUACUCUACUGCUUUCUAUCCGCUUACAGUAGCAUCUUCCAAGGCGUCUAUGCCAUGUCUGCCGGUGUCAGCGGGCUUCCGAUGCUGUCCAACGUCGUGGGUCUGCUCGGCGCAACAGCUUACAUGAUUUACGUGAAUAAGAACUACAACACCAAGCUAAAGGCCAACAACAAUAUCCCCAUUCCGGAGUGGCGACUGCCGCCAGCGAUUGUGGGCGGCGUCCUCUUUUCCGCGGGGCUUUUCUGGCUCGGCUGGACUGGAUUCACGCGCACCAUUCAUUGGAUUGUCCCAACACUGAGCGGCCUCUUCACAGGAGCCGGUUUGCUCAUGAUCUUCAUUCAGCUGUUUAACUACCUCAUUGAUACAUAUCUCGCUUACGCUGCCUCUGCGUUAGCAGCAAACACCUUCUGCCGCUCGCUCGUGGCAGCAGGGUUUCCGCUCUUUUCACGGCAGAUGUUUGACAAUAUGGGUAUCCAGUGGGCUGGCACGCUGUUAGGCUGUUUGGCUGUGGCCUUGGUACCAAUACCUCUGGCAUUUCUGCGUUAUGGCAAGCGUCUGCGGUUAAGAAGUCAGUUUGCCCCAGUACUGGACAAGGAGUAGUAAGCUAAGGCCAUGUGUAUGAGGUUGUGGUCUGAGGCAUCAAGCAGGAUUCACUUUGAAGCCCCGGAAGGAGG